AUCAAAGUAUUUGCGGCCAGUGUUGCAUUUUUACACAUGUAAAUGCGAUAUCUAAAACUAUCUUUUCCCCAUCUAGAGUAUGAGGCAGCGAAUCCUAUUUUUCACGACAUAGCCCUCCUGCAGGUGGAAAAAGUCCCAAUUACAAGCUUUCCUCAUGUGAACUUAGUUUGCCUGCCGGACAGUGAUAUUCUGUACAUGAACACACGGUUGUGGGACUGCUACACUGUAGGCUGGCAGGGCAAAUCAGAGUUUCUGAAGCGCAUUGAGGCCAACAUCGCUUCGAGGAGGCUGUGUCACGUCUUUUCUCAUGCCUUUUCCAACUCCGCUGGUGGCAAGGAGCCCCACAAAUAUUACUGGUCACACGGCUAUCACCUACUGGAAUAUCAUAAUUUCAGGUCAGUAUUAGGGGGACAUUUUUCGAUAUGAAAUCUGAAUUACUGAACUGUUCAUAUUUAUAUUGUGUGAGAGAAUAUUAUUUUUCGUCUGUGAAACAUAUUUUUUCAAAUAGUUUUGAGACAGCAGUUUUGACCAAUCCUUUCUUUGAGUCAUGUGGUCUAGUAGGUUUAGUACUGCUCAUUCUCAACAUUCCUGGAGUACAGAGUUUCUAGUUAUUGGGGGAGUUGGUAUUUAUAUGUAUCAGUGCGUUAUUGCAUUAGUCCAUCAUAAUCAAUAUCUCAGUACAUAGUGACAUAAGAUUUGAAUUUCUAAAUCAGUUCCACUCAGAGGGUUUGGGUCUCAUUGUUUUUUUUUUAAUCGUUUACUAAAUUCGGAUUUUUCAUAUUUUUUUCAACCA